AUGGCUUCCCCCUCUCCCCCGAUUGACUCUCCCUCCUUUUCCCAGAUUGAUCCCCCUCUUUUCCUGAUCGAUCCACCGUUUACCCUUAUUGAUCCCCCCUUUUUCCCGAUUGAUCCCCCCUUUUUCCCGAUGGAUUCCCCCUUUUUCCCGAUGGAUUCCCCCCUUUCCCCGAUGGAUCCCCCCUUUUUCCACGCCCGCCCUUUCUAUGCCGAGUCCUCCGGGCCUGCAGGGGGCGCUGUGGCAGUGAGUGUCCCCAAGCCCUCAGGAUGUCCCCAGGAUUUGGGGUCCCUGCCUAUCCCCGAGUUCCCCCACAUCCCUGGGUGGCUCCUUUGGGAGUUUGGCCGUCCCUGCUGUCCCCCCCGCGCUCCGUGGGGCGCUGCCACCCCGGGGUGCCAGCGGUGUCCCCGCGCUGUCCCCGCAGCGGCCGGCCUCUACUACCUGGCGGAGCUGAUCGAGGAGUACACCGUGGUCACCAGGAGGAUCAUCAAAUACAUGAUCUGGUUUUCCUCAGCAGUGCUGGUGGGGCUGUACCUGUUCGAGCAAUUCCCGGCGUUCCUGGUGGGAAUGGGGCUCUUCACCAACCUGGUGUAUUUUGGAUUGCUCCAGACUUUCCCUUUCAUCGUGCUCACCUCCUCCAACUUCAUCCUGUCCUGUGGAUUUAAUUUAGUUAAUUCCUUAAUUAAAUUUAAAUUUUUUGGGCUGGAAUUUUUGGGAAUUCUGCAGGUCCUGGCCUAUUUCACCUUCUGCCUGUGGUUGAUUCCCUUCGCCUUCUUCGUGUCGCUGUCGGCCGGGGAGAACGUCCUGCCCUCCACAGUGCAGCCUGGAGACGACGUCGUUUCCAAUUAUUUCACCAAGGGGAAAAGAGGGAAACGCUCUGGAAUUCUCCUGAUUUUCUCCUUCAUCAAGGAAGCCAUCCUGCCCAGCAGGCAGAAAAUUUACUGAGGUUUGGGAAUAUUUGGGAAUAUCCAAAGGAUCUGGAUUUGGGAUUUCCCAAACUGUGCCCAGGGCGCCUCUCUCCGUUUUUUCCCGCCGG